AUGAGGCCAAUUUUGAUGAAAGGUCACGAGAGGCCACUCUCCUUCCUCAAAUACAACAGGGACGGCGAUCUCCUCUUCUCCUGCGCCAAGGACCACAACCCCACCCUCUGGUUUGCCGACAACGGCGAACGCUUGGGCACUUUUCGCGGCCACAACGGCGCUGUUUGGUCAUGCGACGUCUCAAGAGAUUCGGCUCGACUCAUUACGGGAAGUGCGGACCAGAGCGCCAAACUAUGGAACGUCCAAACUGGGCAUCAAUUGUACAGCUUCAAUUUCGAUUCUCCCGCCAGGUCCGUUGAUUUCUCCGUCGGCGAUAAGCUCGCCGUUAUCACCACUGAUCCCUUUAUGGAGUUGCCUUCUGCAAUCCAUGUCAAACGCAUUGCUAACGAUCCAACCCAACAGAUCGGGGAAUCUGUGCUUCUCAUUAAGGGUCCUCAGGGAAGGAUAAAUAGAGCUAUUUGGGGACCCCUCAACACUACCAUUAUUAGUGCCGGCGAAGAUGCUGUUAUUCGCAUUUGGGAUUCUGAGACGGGAAAACUGCUCAAAGAGUCUGACAAGGAAUCUGGCCAUAAAAAGACUGUAACUUCACUUGCUAAGUCUGCAGAUGGUUCACAUUUCCUUACUGGUUCUCUUGAUAAGUCUGCUAGACUUUGGGAUACUAGGUCAUUGACUCUUAUCAAGACCUACGUCACAGAACGCCCAGUCAAUGCAGUUGCAAUGUCACCUCUUCUUGAUCAUGUGGUAAUUGGAGGUGGUCAGGAUGCAUCAGCUGUUACAACUACUGAUCAUCGUGCUGGCAAAUUUGAAGCCAAAUUCUUUGAUAAGAUUCUUCAAGAAGAAAUUGGGGGUGUGAAAGGGCAUUUUGGACCAAUUAAUGCAUUGGCUUUUAACCCUGAUGGAAAAAGUUUUUCAAGUGGAGGUGAAGAUGGUUAUGUACGGUUGCACCACUUCGACGCAGAUUAUUUUGCCAUUAAAAUAUAG